AUGUUCUCCAUCGCCAAACCAUCCACUCCCCUCCUCCUCCUCCUCCUCCUCCCCCUCCUCACCACCGCCCUCAACACCACCUUCGGCCACACCCCUCUCCUCGGCUACAACACCUACAACGACGUAGCCUGUUCCCCCAACCAAACCCACCUGCGCACCACCAUCCACGCCCUCUCGACCCACGCCCUCAUCGCGGCGGGCUACAAAUUUUUCCAGUUAGACUGUGGUUGGCAAGGUUUUACUCGAUCCCCUAAUGGAUCUUUGACGUUCGAUGAGAGUGUGUUUCCGGAUGGAAUUGCUCCGCUGAGUGCACUCGCGAGGGAGAUGGGGUUGGUGUGGAGUAUGUAUACGAAUCAGGGGGUUUACUCUUGUGAUACGAGGAGCAAGGAGGAGGGGUUGAGGCCCGGGAGUUUGGGGUUUGAGAGGGAGGAUGCGAGGGUUUUUGAGGGGUGGGGGACGGGGUAUGUUAAGGUCGAUAACUGCUACAUCGAAGGAGCAGAAAACAACGCCCCCAAAGACCCCCGAACCGAUUUCCCCUCGCGAUUCCAAAAAAUGUCCACAGCUCUCCAACAAGUCGGCAUUCCCGGAAUCCUCGUCUGUCAAUGGGGCGUACCCUAUCAAAAUCCCACCGACGGCAGCCUCCAAGGACCCGCCACAUGGACACCUCCCAUGGCUAAUUCCUUUCGCGUAUCCGACGAUAUCGCACCCGGCUGGGCCAACGUACUGCGGAUAAUGAACCAGAAUCUGCACGUCAUUUGGAACGAUAACUCGGGUCCUGGGCACUGGGCAGAUAUGGAUCUUCUUGAAGUCGGGAAUUCGGGGAUGACGAUUGAGGAACAAGCGAGUCAUUUUGCGAUUUGGGCCAUGUUUAAGAGUUCUCUCAUGAUUUCCACCAACGUCCCAUCCAUGUCGGAAGCCGUGCGGGAGAUUUUGUUGAAUCGCGAUUUAAUCGCUAUUAAUCAAGAUGCUGCUGGCAAACCUGUCAAACUCAUCCAACGCUUUUCCCACGACAAGGACGUUUUUGCUGGUCCGCUCGAGAAUGGUGAUUUAGCGGUUCUGGUCCUCGAUCACUCGAAUACUUCGCGUGUUUUAGAGCUCGAGCUGGCUUUACUCGGGAUUUCGGAGGCGACGGUUAAAAAUCUCUGGACGGGAGAAAUUGUGGAAAAUGUCUUUGAGAUAUUCUCUGAAACUGUGAAACCUCAUGGUUCUCUUCCUCUUCGUCUCAGUAACAUUCUCCUCUUACCCCCACCACCUUCUUCAGGAGAAGAAGAAGAAAUCCUCUGGAUCGAAGCUGAAUCCGGCCUCUUAUCCUCCGACGCAACUCUCCAACCCUGUUCGUCCUGCUCCAAUUCUACCAAAGUAGGCUCUUUGACAAAUUCUUCUUCUCUCACUCUGACCUUUCCCCCUCUUGCCUCGUCUUCAACAACAACAACAACGCAAAAUCUCCUCUUCGACUACAUCAAUUGCGAAAUCGGCUAUCUCUCCUCGCAAGGCCCGAAUACACGUCGCGCGGCAAUUUCUGUCAAUGACGGGCCUGUGCAGGAGGUUUUGUUCCCUUUGUCGGGAUAUGAUUGGGGACGGGAUGUCGCGAGGGCGUUUGUGGUAAGUUUGGAGGGGUUUGGAGGGGAGGGGGAGAAUCGUGUGAGGAUUGGAGGGGUUGAGGGGUUUGCGCCGGAUUUUGAUCGGGUGGGGUGGAGGGGGUGA